UCUCUAUAAACCAUCACUGAUUGUAGAAACUUCAUACUAGACCUCUCCACUCUUCAGACCCUCCAGACUCUGGUGCCUUGAUCUCCAAAUAAAAUGCAAAACUUACUGACCGUCCAUUUUUAUCCUAAGCAUCAUAUCUUAUAUCAUCAUGCAGUAAAAUAUUCACAAAACAUCACAAUACUGAACUCGAUUAGUAUCAUCCAGCACUGCCAUAUACGCACACUCUGGACCAGCCGCAGCUAAAGGAUAUACUGAGCGCAGACUUUAUUAGACACAGCUCCCGUGUCUAGAUGUCAGUCAGUGUCAGUACCACACAAAAUGCUUUUUAAAGCACAGUGUUGUCUCUGCUUUUAACAUACAUCAAUCUACUCAUGAAGGCCUGGACAAAAACUACUCGAAUUGAAAGUUCUUGGAACUGACUUUACAGACUAAAUUUUGGAUCGUGGAAUAGUGUAGUAGAUAACACCACUCCACUAUUCAAAACAUUAUUGACCAUCAAUAAAUUUCACAUUUAAUUUGGAAAUCAAGGGAGCAGAGUCUGGAGGAAGAGUGGAGAGACACACAGUCCGAACUGCUUGAGGUCUAGUGUGAAGUUUCCACCAAUCAGUGAUGGUUUGGAGAGACAUGUCAUCUGCUGGUGUUGAUCCACUGUGUUUUAUUAUCAAGUCUAAAGUCAGUGCAGUUUUGUUUUCCCACAAAAUCUUACAGCACUUCAUUCUUCCAUCUGCUGCUGACAACUUUUAUGGAGAUGCGGAUUUCAUUUUCCAGCAGGACUUGGCACACUGCCCACACUGCAAAAAAAAAGUACCAAUUGGUCUUACACAAUAUUCUAACUUUCUGAGACACUGGUUUUUGGGUUUUCAUUGGCUGUAAGCCAUAAUCAUCAUAUAUAUCAACGAUAAAAUAAAUGAACGCUUAAAUGGAUCACUCUGUGUGUUUAAUACAUCUAUAUAAUAUAUGAGUUUCACAUUUUGAACUGAAUUACUGACAAAGUAACUUUUCAAAGAUAUUCUAUUUUUUUUUUUUAAAUGCAGUAGUUCACCACACUCACUUUGUGACCCCCCCACCUUCUUCAGCAGUAAUGAGCAUACAAAGCACUACGUCACAUGAUUCCUGGAUUCCUGGAGCUUCCAUUUGCGUAAUUCAUAAAGAGGUUAGACCCCUGAGGAGGCGGGUGGGGCACAGUAACCCUAUAGGACCUCACUGUGCAGCUGAAGCUCAAAGGAGCAAUGGCAACCAGGCUCUCUGAAGAUGACCUUUCUUGCCCAAUCUGUGGGAAGAUUUUUCAGCAGCCUGUGGUGCUGUUCUGCAGGCACAGGUUCUGUAAACCCUGCCUAGAGAGCAGCUGGAGCGGUGGAGGAACCUGUGAAUGCCCGCUGUGCCUUCAGCCGUCCUCCGGCGGGGAGCUCAUGGUUAACGCUACUCUGGAGAAGACCUGCGAGAGCUUUCUGAAGGAACAGCGCAGGAACAAUCCUUUUGCAUGUAAGGAACACGGGGAGACACUGACCCUUUUCUGUCUGGAGGACCUGCAGCCAACUUGCGCUGCUUGCAAGUCAUCAGCCAGCCAUAAGGGCCACAGGUUGUAUUCUUUGGAGGAGGCAUCGCAGGACUGUAAGGCAGAACUGAAGUCCGCCCUAAAGCCCUUACAAGAAAAGUUGAAGGCCUUCAAGAAAGUUAAACUUACAUACGACCAAACGGCAGACCAUAUCAAGAUUCAGGCAGAGCACACAGAGAGGCAGAUAAGAGAAGAAUUUGAAGCUCUGCACCAGUUCCUGCUAGACGAGGAGGCUGCCAGACUCUCUGAACUGAAGCAAGAGGAGACUCAGAAGAAGCAGACGAUAACGGGAAAGAUAAAUGAUAUGGAAAAUGAAAUUACAUUAAUCACCAACACCAUCCGAGGCAUCGAAAAAGAGAUGAGCUCUCAGGAUAUCCCAUUCCUCCAGAAUUACAAGGAUACAAUAAAGAGAACCUGGCGCGUACCACAGGGUCCAGAAAUGAUAUCAGGGUCGCUGGUUGACGUGGCCAAACACUUAGGCUCAUUAAAAUUCAAAGUCUGGGAGAAGAUGAAGAAUAUCAUUCAGUAUACUCCUGUGACUUUGGAUCCAAACACUGCAGCAAGUUGCUUCCAGCUGUCGCAAGACCUGACGCUACUGCAGUGCAGCACGCAGGCCUUCAAGCUGCCAGACAACCCAGAGCGCUUCGACGUCAGCGCUGAAAUGCUGGGUUACGAGGGCUUCUGCUCGGGCAAACACAGCUGGGACGUGGAGGUGAAAAACAACACAUACUGGGUGAUUGGAGUCGCCAGCGAGUCCGUCAAGAGGAAAGGCAAGAACAUCCUGACCCCGGCGCAGGGAUUCUGGACCAUUCGGCUGCGGAACGGCGAGUACAAGGCCUGCUCCGCCCCCUGGUCUCCGCUGAGCAUGAGCAGAGAGCCGGACGUGGUGAGGGUGGUGCUGGACAUGGACAGGUGUAAGGUCACGUUCUACGACCCGCGAGAGAGGACGCCACUCUUCACUUUCACAGACAUCAUCACCCCCCGGGCCCUGCCGUACUUCUGCAGCGCCUGCAAGGAGCACCCACUCAGAGUGCUCCCAGAGAGCCUGUCCAUAACUGUGGGGUACUAAUGCUUUGCAGCAGAGGGUGAUUUAGUGUGAAAUGUAACAUUAGUUUAAAUAUAUUUGCCAAUAAUUAUAUUAUUAGGUCAACAAAUAGUACUGUUUAAUACCUGAACAAUUCUGAAGUGUACUGAAAAAAUGCUAAUGUAGAAUGUGUACAAAUAAAGCUUCUAAAAAAAGUA